CAGGAGAACCCGUUCAGAGACAGAAUUGUGGAGACGUUCUCUGAGGACGGACAGGGGAACCAGAGCUUCAACGACUUUGUCGACAUGUUUUCUGCCCUCUGUGAAACUUCACCCAGAGAGCUCAAGAUCAUCUACGCCUUCAAGAUUUACGACUUCAACAGGGACAACUUUAUCUGUAAGGAGGACCUGAAGAAGACUCUGAACAAGCUGACCAAAGGCGAGCUGACCCCAGAGGAGGUCAUCCUGGUGUGCGAUAAAGCCAUCGAGGAGGCCGACCUGGACGGAGACCACAAGCUGUCCUUCGCCGACUUUGAGAACAUGAUCUCAAAGGCUCCUGACUUCCUGAG